AUGAGGUCGCGAACGAAAAGUCCAAGUACAGAUCAUACUACAAGUCCUAGUAGUUCGAAAUAUAUUGAAAGUAGUGAUAGUAGUCGACAUUCAUCACCGUCAUUAGAAAGACAGUCGAAAAGAAGUCGCAAUGAAAGAAGAAGGACAAAGAAUGCAGGAAUUAAACGAAAAUUGUCUGAAGAUUCUAUUGAUGAUUCAAGAUUCUAUCGAAGAAACGAUGAAUAUUCAAGAAGACGAAGUCCAAAGUACAGUUACAGACAUCGUUCGUCUUCACAGAAAGUUAUUCAUCGUCCACAAGGAACGAGUAGUAGGAAGGAACAUAGGAGGCGAAGUAGUUCAUCGAAUGAUCGUAAACGUACGCAGAGAUCGCCUUAUACACCAGAAAGCAUUGAGGAGAGCAGUAUUAAGAAAGAACAAAGUAGUGAUGAUGAAUGUCAAGACAGCAGUGAUCAUAAUCAGAAUUUACGGAAAAGAACUGCUCGAGAAGAUGCUUUAUGGGCUGAUCGUCGUAACCAACGUGACAAGCGUUGUGAAUGGGGUGUCCGCAGUGUCUGGGGUCGGUCACCUUUAAUGCAUGAAAUACAUGCAGUAUAUGAAGAAUACGAAAGAUUAGAGGAAGAACGUCGACAAGAAGAAGAACAGCUACCGCAGCCUUUGAACUUCACAGGUAUUAAAGUUACGAAAAAAUCAAAAAAGGAGAAGAAAGAACGAAAGAAGAAACGCAAAGAGAAAAAGAAGCGAAAGAAGAAACAUGAGCAACUAUCAUCAAAUGAUGAAGAUGAAUGGGUUGAAGUGACUGCUGAGAUGAGAAAAGCGGAAGCAGCUCGCGAGAAAUUGGAAGAAGCCGAAAUGGUCGGACCAAUAGUACCAGAUCACCUUCAGCUAAAGCAUGCAGCGCUGGUUGAUACUACAAAAAGAGUCAAUUAUGGAAAAGAUAUGUUGCGAGGUGAAGCAGCAGCGAUGGCCUCAUAUAUCGCACAAGGAAAGCGAAUACCAAGAAGAGGCGAAAUUGGCCUUUCUUCAGCAGAAAUUUCUGAAUAUGAAAAGAUAGGUUAUGUUAUGAGUGGGACAAGACAUAAGAGCAUGGAAGCAACACGUUUACGCAAAGAAAACCAGGUUAUGACUGCUGAAGAGAAGAGACUUCUUAGCGGCUUCACUCAUGAUGAGCGGAAGAAAAAAGAAGAGAUUGUUUUGCAACAAUUUAAAAGUUUUAUAGAAUCAAAGAAAGGGAAAAAUUAG